UAUAGUGAAGAUGUGCAGUCAUACAGCAAAGAGAUUGGCAUAAUUCAAUUACAAUUAGAGCAAGACAGCGGAAAAUCGAUUCACUUUGGUCCUGUUUCUCUAAUUGAUCUCAAUCGAACAGCUCUGGUAGAAGUGGUAACUACUCCGGAUUUUUCUACAGCUUUAGAAGCAAUGUGUUUUGUUCAGCAGCUUCGUCUACUAUUAAUGCAUCAUGGAAUAUGUAAAGGAGAAAUGCACAAGGGUCAGUUACGAGUUGAUGCCAAUGUAUCCUUAACACACCUUGGUGAGAAGGGUGUUCGAACAGAGCUUGACCGGUCACGAAGCGACGCAUCUUGCGCACAGCUGCGGGUUCUUAACCUUAUAGCUCUCCUAAAGGCGACUUGGACACAUAUUUUUGGGAAAGCAGUUGAAAACAUACGCGCUUUAGUGAAGUUUGAGUCCAUCCACUCUUAAUG